AAGAUCUGCAAUUAUUGCUGCCCAAGCGUAGUAUGGCUCCGGGUUUUCCUCAGAAUAAACUUAACUUCCGUAACAAAAUACAGGUAGAGCAUUCCUCCGUCGYUGAUACUGUUGUCAUCGUUAAUAUUUUCCCAAGCCUACGUAUCACCAAUCGAGGCGUAUUGAACUUCGGAGCGAUCGGUGUGGGAUCAAAGGAAGCAAUCGACGCGUCUCGACUAUUUCACAAUAAUCAGGUAGUAGAGGAUGAACCAUAAUGCUCGGCGGGAUUUMAUUGCCAUCAUUGCAGUCAUGAUGGCACUUUCCACGGGUGUUGCUGCCGCGAUGAACGUUACGUGGACGGAUUUUUCUUUUUCCAAGCUAAAAAAAUGUGUUGAUUCCAGCCAUUCAAUGUCUAAUUAUGGGCAAGAUGAUUUACUUGAUCCAUGUGUUCUUUAUGAUAUCCGCGACAGCAGUUUCGACAAUUUUAAUUUGGAUUCGGAAUUUUCGUUGAGUGAAAUGCCUAAUAUUUCUGAAAUUAUUGACCCCGAAAUUGACAGUGAUGAUAGCAUUGAUCGGAUCACGCCGGAAAUUACACUGGUUCAGGUGACGCCAUCUUUUUGUAACAAUCAUCGUGACGGGGCUGUCACGGCUGUCCGAAAGCUAAAUGCGGACAACAACGGUAAGGGCGUCGCCAUUGGUUACCGUCGAGACCACUUUGUCAAGUUCCGUCUCAUCUCCAUCGUUGGAGGGAAUAGCAAGMACAUGACAGAUGYUGAAUAUAAGGAAAUUCAUAAGAUUUUAUUGGAUUCGGUCCUUGAGGAGGUGGACACAGCGCAAUAUAUCCUCGGCAGCUGUUCGUUUGCAUCGGUCGCCGAUAAGCCUGUUGCACUCAAAAGAAAGAAGGUCGUCAUCUCCCAAGUUGGUCCGCCAGGGUUUUACAUGGAUGUAGCGACGAACCCAUACGUGUUCGGUAUUCACGUCAACAGUGACACUUAUCCGCUCCCUGCUCUUCAAGCCUUGGAAUUUCAUUUGAUCUCGACUGAGAUACCAACGUCAAAGCAACCCGUUAGGGUAAUAUAUCGCGACAAGUCCRAGUUCUUCUACUCUACCUGUCGAUCGGUUAUUGAUGAAGCAACAUCUAAAGGUUUUGAUGUCACUCCUAUCGAGUAUGAUCCAGAAGGAUUUGAGGGUGGCAGCACCGUGAAGAAUAGCCAGAAUAUUCCUUUCCUCGAGGGUCUUGCUGAUCGUCUUUGCCCCUUGAYCGUUGGCAAGCCCACGGRUGAUUCAGACAUAUAYGACCACCACUCAAUAGAGGCUGAACACCCCGCAAUAUUUGCAUGCGUUCUAGACGAYGAAGCAGAUGCCAUCCUCACUAGGAUGCGUUCRAAUGGAUGCCGGCCCUCUUUGGCCUGGUUUACAACMGCAACAUGGUCCUGGGCAAAUAAGAAUCCUGAAGUCGUGCCAUUUUUCCAGGGAGCUGGACAGUGGCAUGAAAAUUUUGAAUAUUCUGAUCAGUAUUUCCAAACUGGACAAGCUGUUCUCGACUUUGGCUUGSAGGAAUUUGGCUAUUCUGGUAGCUAUGAUCAUGUUGUAUCCUACACGAUUCCGACCAUAAUUGCUGAGGUGAUGGUAUCUUUCUUUCGCUUUGAUGACCACUGCGACGUCGAGGAUGUCUUUUUAAACCAAUACGAAGCAUUGCGGCGAGUCCUUGCGAAAACUAAUACGGAUACAAUUUUUGGACCCGUAUCGUUCAAUGAAUAUCAACGAAACAAUGGUAGAGGGCCUGCCAGUAUGCAGUGGAUUACAAAAUCAACAUCARAGAAAMCGACAGACUUUGUACUUGGGUGCAUGUCACCUAGCGACCAGGCUGAAGCGCCAAUCGUCAUACCAUCUCCAAGUGGUGAUGAAUGCUCUCCGGGUCAUCAUGUAAAUCAGACAAUGAUUAAGAUUGAUCCGGCACUCCUUCAAGCUAAAUGCUCAGCUUGUCCUAUCAACUCUUUCAUGUCCAAGAAAAAYGAAAGAAUGGAGUGUAUUGCCUGCAUGUUCGGGAGCAGUACCAUGGAUGAAACUGGAGCGGUUGAGUGUGUUCAGCAGAGUGCAAAUCUAAACCCACAAGUCCUGAAAUCGAUGGGAUAUGUCUUYGUAGUAUUGAGCUGGUCUUUGGCAAUCGGGUAYAUUGUGUGGAUGGUUUCAAAACGAAAUGGUUCAGUGGUAAAAAUUGGUCAGCCAGAAUUCUUAUUCCUCAUCUGCAUAGGGGCAAUCAUAUCUACUUCCGCAAUCAUUCCGCUUACGCUUGCUGAGGCUGAUGUUGGCGAGGAUACGACUGCAGCGUCCAGGAAUUGCCAAGCUAUUCCUUUCCUAUAUUCGCUCGGUUGGGUUUUGAUGUAUUCCUCACUUACAGCCAAAUCAUAUCGACUGAAUAAAAUCGCAGCAGCAUCGAUGGCAAUGAGGAGGAAAGCGGUUCAAGCCAAAGAAAUGUACGUGAUCAUUGCUGGAUUCAUACUUCUGGAUACCAUCAUUCUGAUUGCUUGGCAGGUUGUUGAUCCUCUCGUGUACGUUCGGAGUUUUCAAGGCCAAAGCAAAGAUGACAAUACUGGUGUUGUCACUAUUGAGACUGUAGGGCAGUGCUCGAGUAACUCACUUUGGAAAUUCCUAGGCCCGAUAAUUGGGAUCCAUUUUUGYCUAAUGAUAAUUACCAACGGACUGCUGUGGCGUGUUAGAAACAUGUCGGACCGAUACCAGGAACAAAAAUACGUCGCUCUUGCGUCUAUUUAUAUUUGCGAGCUACUUCUGUUGGGAGUUCCAAUUUUGUUUGCGGUGCAAGAUUCUGCAGCUGCCCGGUACAUCGUCAUUGCUGGAGUUAUAUUCUUGACCGACACUGGCGUCCUAUCAUUUAUUUUYUUGCCAAAAAUUAGAUUUGAGAGUGAGGGGCUUCCUGAAGGUGUGUCGGUGGCGCAGAGUUUGAAUAUAGGAGGUGCCCGAAAUCCCGUGAAAAAUUUAUCCAGAUACGGAUUACACAGCGUGCGCGAAAGACCUGCAAGUUUGAUGAGAAGCAUUUAUCUUGACUCGAGUCGAAGUGGUUAURUAAGCUCAGGUGAGUUCAAGAAGUCGUCGAACUCCGAGUGGAACAGUGAACAUAGCGGUAGGUUUGUCAACUCUUYGCACAAAAGCACAAUCGAAAUUGAGGAUCCAMCAAAGGAGCAACAGACAACGACUAUCAUUCGUGACACCAAGAGCGAGGAUAUACAUACGGAAAAACAGUCUGUGACCACUGUCUCACAGAAGAGUCCAGAAAUGGACGAGGAAAUCGCCAAAGGCUAGGAACAGGUCAACGAUGUCGAAAACAAAAGUUGAAUAUUUUGCUUCUGAUUGAUCAUGGAGGACCGAAUCAAUAACGAAAUACAWCCUAUUUUUUGGAUGUGGAAGAGUUCAUGCCGAUGAUCCCUAGCCAUGCCAUUUAAUCAAUAGGGAGAAUGGUA